AUGAACGUGGAUGUUAAGGUAGUCGUCCGUAUGGUGUCAGAACAAGGGUUUGUUGAAGGACUUCGCUUCAUAAUAAAGGAACGAGGUACAGAAUGUCUUAAUCUCGGAAAAGAUCACGACGUGUUUCAUGUUGCAUGCAAAGCUGAACAAAUAGAGGUUGUAAAGUUUUUGCUAGCCCUGGAGGAAUUUGAGAAUACUACAUUACUUAACAGUGAAUUUUGGGGCGGUUUAUCCAAAUUGUCUGAGGCAAAUAUAAUCGAAAUUAUAAGUGAAUUACUGGUAUGUGGAAAAUUUGACAUAAAUAAAACAACGGUACCACCACAAGGCGUUUCUCUACUUUUUCAUGCAAUUGAAAAUAAUAGGAAGCUAUUAGCAGAUUAUCUCAUUCAACAGGGAGCCGAUGUUUCAUUUGUUGGUAGAAGUGGUUUGCUAGGAACUAUCAGUUGUACUUGCCUCUCAGCAAUACAAAUGCCAUCUGUUCUUCCGGAUGUACUGAAAAGAGGUGGAAAUGCUAAUGAUGUGUACGAUAAAAACGGACAGUCAAUUCUGAUGCUGGCAUUUGAAAAUUACGCUGACCGAAGAACGAUUGAAGAACUUGUACGUGCCGGAGCAAAUUUAACCUGGAGAGAUAACUCUGGAAAAACAACCCUUUCCAUGUUAAAAUCACUAGAUCAGUUCUAUGGUGUUUUGGAUGCAGGCGUCCAACUAAAUUCAUCUUUACGAGUAAAAAUAUAA